UUUCAGAGUACAGUAUUUCGUAUGGUGCCUCUAAUUGACUUAACAUUGGCAGACUAAGGUCAAAAGGACUCGAAUAAAGGAUCUUCCAAUCGACAUCGAGUUUUAUUCUCCUUUAAACACUUUUACAACUCUCAGGCAACUUCACCAUCGACGUCCUGAACAAACGGGAUAAUCCCCCAUAUUUCCGAUCUGGGCAAUCGCCAUGGCCGGCGAUCAUGACCGCUCCGGCAGCGGGACUAAGAACGGAUCACCGCUGCCCUCUAAACCUCCUCCAUCUUCCAACACCGACCAUGACAAUGACGACGACGACGUUCUCCCUCAGCCAUUUGACGCGAAGAAGCUAGCACCCGCAAAAAAGCGCCAGCGCUCAACCUCGCCAAGCGCGAGCGCCAGCCCUGCGAGUGAGCCUCCGCGGAAGCUCAAGCGGCCUGGCCAGCGCGCCCGCAUCAGCGAAGCCGAGCGCGAGCAGAUCCGGCAGCGGGCGCUCGAACGCGAGAGGCAGGCCCAGCAGCAGGCGGCCAUUGAGGCUGAGCGAUCAACCAUCAACGACGUGGUGCGGGCUCACUACAACGCUGUCCCUGAGCGCGGCCGCGACUGGCGCAAGACGGACAGCCGGAUCAAGGGUUUGAGGUCCUUCAACAACUGGGUCAAGAGCUGCAUCAUUCAAAAGUUCUCGCCCGAUGAGGAUCAUUCACCGGGGGCGAGAGAGCGGGGAAUCACCUCCGGAAAUCGGUUGCUCGUGCUGGAUAUCGGAUGCGGCAAGGGCGGCGAUUUGGGCAAAUGGCAGCAAGCACCGCAGCCGGUGGAACUGUACGUUGGCCUGGACCCCGCCGAGGUGUCUAUCGAUCAGGCGAGGGAGCGGUACCGGAGUAUGGGUAACCGCGGGGGGCCUGGUGGGCGAGGCGGCAGAGGAGGAUACCAGCGGCGUCCGCCGCCGCGUAUCUUUGAAGCGAGAUUUCACGUCAAGGACUGCUACGCCGAGUCGAUUGGUGACAUAGACAUUGUCCGGCAGGUCGGGUUCUCGCAGUCCAACGUCAGCAGCAGCCGCGGUUUCGACGUGGUCAGCAUGAUGUUCUGCAUGCACUACGCCUUUGAGACGGAGCAAAAGGCACGCCAGAUGCUCCAAAACGUGUCGGGGGCGCUGAAGAAAGGCGGCCGCUUCAUCGGCUGCAUUCCGAACUCAGACGUCAUUAGCGCCAGAGUGUCCGCUUUCAACGAGCGCAUGAAAGCGAAACGAAAGGCCAAAGCCGAGGCCGCAGCUAAGAAGUCUUUCCCCGAAACCCACGACAGCCCCUCGCCAUCUACGUCUCCAUCAAAACAAAAAGAAGAUGGCGAACUCGAGGAGGGGGAGGAAGAGGAAGGCGAAGCCGAAGACACAGCCCAAUGGGGCAAUGACAUCUACCGGGUGCGGUUCCCCGGCAAGACGCCCGCCGACGGCAUCUUCCGGCCGCCUUUUGGGUGGAAGUACAGCUUCUUCCUUCACGAGGCGGUCGAGGAGGUGCCAGAGUAUGUGGUGCCCUGGGAGGCGUUCCGUGCCCUGGCGGAGGACUACAACCUGGAGCUGCAGUACCACAAGCCCUUUCCCGAGGUUUGGGAGACGGAGAAGGACGACCGCGAGCUGGGCCCGCUGAGCGAGCGCAUGGGCGUGCGCGAGCGCCAUGGCGGGAAGCUGCUCGUCUCACCCGAGGAGAUGGAGGCGGCGAGCUUUUAUGUGGCGUUUUGCUUUUAUAGGGUUUGAAUUGGACGGGGAGGGAUUUCGCUAUGCCUUCUUACGUAUCUUCUUGCUUCCUAGGGUACAGCCCGGAAGCCUGUAUAGUAUGAAUAAAAGAGCUAGAUGCCCAUGGGUUUCAGCCGUGAUGGCUGACGAUUCUAGCAUAAUGCGACAAAGUCGAAGGUCCCGGGCUCACCACGAGCCGGUCUAGCGGUGCUUUCUUAAGAAAUGGAUCCAACUCUGCCCCAAUUCUCACUGUGAUGCUCUUUUCUGGGAUGUGCAUUCCACUAGAUGUAUUACCAGCAAAGAUUAAACAAUAAUGAGCUACGCGUAGUAGAGAGUU